CAGAAGCAGAACCAGGCUUGUUGUAAAGCGCAGCGGAAGUGUGUGGAUACAGCGUGUGUGAAUAUAAUGAUAGCAGACUUUGUCCAUCCUCUGCUUUUAAAACCAGCUACAGUCAGCUGACGGCUGCUGCUGAGUCAACACAGCCUCUACAUGUUGCUGACUGAGAGGAAACGGUGGCUGUUCAGGGACUUCUUUCAGACAUGUUUUGCUUCUGCAAUCCUGAAACAGCAUAAAGACGCCUGUCAUCCUGCUGCAGCACUGUAUCCUCUUCUAUUUGCCUUUCUCACCACAGGAUCCUUGUUUGGAUCCGAGGGCUGCAGUCACGAGUUGCUCAUGACACACAGUCAUUUCCUGCAGACCAGCACACUCCUGCACCUCCUGUAGCCUGCUGGGAAAAGGAGGCUGGAUGUGUGUGCAUGUGUGAACCCCUCUUCCUGCACAGUCUGCUUUGUUCCCCACACACAAAAUGCUUUCCUUGGAGCGAGUGGAGCGGAGCUUGGAGAGCGCAGGGCAGUCUCACGUCCUGCAGUUCUGGUCGGAGCUGAGUGAGGAGGACAGGGAGGGUUUCCUCCAGGAGCUGUCUCAGCUGGAUCUGGACGGGCUGAAGGAGCACUGCGAGGGGGCUACGAGGGCUGCAGCCUCCCCGCCCGCCAGCCUGGAUCAAAACAUAGAACCGGUCCCUCCGGAGUUCAUCGGCAGUGUGAGGAGAAGUGACAAAAGGUCUCUGUCAGAGUGGGAGAACGAAGGUACAUAAUGACCAGCGAGUUCACUCUGGCUCCCACUGAGAAGUUCUUCAAGGAAAACAACUACUUUGGUCUGGAGCCGUCAAACAUUGUUAUGUUUGAGCAGAGGAUGAUCCCAGCAGUGACCUUUGAUGGAAAGGUCAUUCUGCAGGGUAAAGGGAAGAUCGCCAUGGCCCCAGAUGGGAACGGUGGUCUGUACAAGGCGCUGGUGGACAACAAGGUGCUGGAGGACAUGAAGAAGAGGGGAGUGGAGUACCUGCAUGUGUACUGUGUGGACAAUAUCCUGGUCAAGAUGGCCGACCCUGUGUUCAUUGGGUUCUGUGUGAGCAAAGGGGCUGACUGUGGAGCCAAGGUGGUGGAGAAGGCCUGCCCUGCGGAGCCAGUGGGCGUGGUUUGCAGGGUGCAAGGAGUCGCACAGGUGGUGGAGUACAGCGAGAUCCAACCAGAGACGGCUGAGCUCCGGGGACCUGGAGGGGAGCUGGUGUACAGCGCGGGGAACAUCUGCAAUCACUUCUUUACCAGGGCUUUCCUGCACGAUGUAGCAGAGAAAUUCGAAGCCCAACUAAAACAGCAUGUUGCCAUCAAGAAAGUGCCCUUUGUGGACACAUGUGGCAAUCCCGUCAAACCUACCAAACCCAACGGCAUAAAGAUGGAGAAGUUUGUUUUUGAUGUAUUUCCAUUCUCAAGGAGCUUCGUUGUGUUUGAGGUUGUAAGGGGGGAUGAGUUUUCCCCCCUGAAAAAUGCAGAUGGAGCAGCCACAGACAGCCCCACCACAGCCAGGAACUCUCUGUUGGCCCAGCACUGCCGCUGGGCCACGGCUGCAGGGGCCACACUGUUGGAUGAACAUGGGAAUGCCCUUCCUCCUACAACCAGUGUAUCAGCAGGGAACAAUCCUCCAGCACAAUGUGAGAUUUCACCACUGGUCUCCUACUUUGGAGAGGGACUGGAGCCGCUACUGAAGGGGAGGACACUGCCAACUCCCUUCAUUCUGGAUGAAAAAAGGGCCAAAGAGCUGCAGGCUCAGUAACAUUUCUCUCAUUAAUAGAAGAUUGUGUUAUUCCAGUACAACGGACGGGCUACGAGAAUGAAGACAGCAGCCCUGGAUGGAUGUGAUUGGGUAGUUUCAGCCCACGAAUGCACGAUUGUUAAAAUGAAUGUUGUACGUGAAGAUAAUCAUUUCAAACUGCCAUUUCUCUCAUGCAUCUUAUGUAAUAUGUGUCUUUGUUGAGGAAGAGCUACAAAUCAUGUGAUGUGAUCUCUUGAAAACUAAUGAGGCAAAUAAGGGAUUAGCUAUGACUUUGGGUAAUUUAUAUAAAAACAAAAUAUUAUCAAAAUA